AUGACCACACUACGGGAAAGCUCCCGCUUAGCUCGGGCUAUCUGUAGGCAGCGCUCGCCAUGGCAAUUGACGCCUCUCGUCGCCCAGCGAUGCGCUUCCACCAACGCAGCCGCCGCUCCUGAGCUGGCCGACCUCGAGCCCGGCUCAUCCCUCGGCGCCCCGGGCCCCGAUGAAGCCACCGUGAAGGCCUACAACACGGCGAAACGUGUCUCUGAAAGGCCACAGGAGCUUCCCGGAAAGAGAUAUCAGUUUCACCCCCCCAAGUUCGACCGCGGCCCGCUGCACCCGAUUCAGUCACCGCUCUCCACCGAUCCCACGGCACGAGACUUCGUUCCCGGCCCCUUCAACCUCCCCCGACUGCGCCAGACCUACGACGCCACCGUCGCCGCCGACCUCUUGACCAUGACCUACCUCCACAAGCCCCCCGGCACCCCAGACAAACCGGUGCGCGAGCGGUUACGCGAGUGGGACGACUCGUCGCCGUACAACAUCAACCGUCCCCGCCGUGGGCCCAGGGGCGGCAGCAAGCUCGACCUGCUCGAGAGGAACAUCGACUGGCGCAACGUGCCCAAGAUCAAGGCCGUCUCGCUGCACUCGUACAUGCCGAUGAACAGCAAGACGCCGGGGACCCUCAACGUCGCGCGCUCCGUGAUCCAGUCCAUCAGCGGCGCCUGCCCCGAGAUCACGGAGACCAAGAGCAACGUCAUCCAGUGGAAGAUCCGCAAGGGCGAGAAGGCCGGUGUCAAGACCACAAUCUACGGCAACCAGGCCCUCGAGUUCCUCGACAAGCUCAUCAACCUCGUCCUGCCCAAGAUCAAGGACUGGCCCGGCGUCAACGCGUCCACCGGCGACGCCAACGGCAACCUGGCCAUCGGUCUCAAGCCCGACGACCUCGCCUGGUUCCCCGAGCUCCAGAUCAACUACGACAUGUACCCCGCCAGGCUCCUUCCAGGCUGCCAUAUUUACAUCCAGACGACCGCCACAUCGAACCGCCAAGCUAGGCUGCUGCUCCAGGCUCUCGGCCUCCCUUUCUACGGAGAGUUUAGGGAUUAA